GUUUUGUGUUUUCCAUUACUUUUUGAUCUACAUUUAUCGAUAACUCAAUCUAGCCCCAUCACUAACUAAAAUUAAAAACAAAAAUUUUUCUAAAUCUGUUUAUUGAACAAAAUGUCUGAUUCUAACACACCCAGAGGAGCCCUAAGCUUACAAAAUGUGCUGAAAUACACCGUUCAACAUCAUGACAAAAACGGCACAGAACCCAAGGAAAAUGAAACGCCAGAUGUUGAGAAAAGCAAGUUCUUAGAAGAAGCACUGACUGCCAUGACCACAGAUGCCUCAAAGGAACUGAAGGCCGCCCUAAUUGUUUUGGAAGACGGUGAAUCCAGUUUGGAUGAGAAAAAGGACAGCUUUGAAGUGAUAAGGAGCCACAUUGAUGACCUCGACAAUGCCAACUCGCUGGUCAAGCUUGGCGGCAACAAAGCCGUACUUCGAUGUAUAAAGGAUGAGGCGGAUAGUGAAUUGAGAAUAUCGGCCAUCGAGACGGUGGCUGAAAUGGCUCAAAAUAAUAUAUUUUGCCAAAACGCCCUCAUAAACGAUAAAUUUCUGCCGGAACUUGUAAAGAAUUUGAGUAACAACAAUGAGAACAUAGUACGGAGCUCCAUUUACGCGAUAUCAUCACUCAUUCGAAACUUUGAACCGGGCUAUAAGGAGUUUAAACGGGUUAAGGGUAUCAAAGCAUUGGUGCCUUGUCUGAAGUCCUCGAACACGAAUCUUUACAUAAAGGCGGCAUUUCUAAUAGCAUCCCUGACGUCUAAGGACAAGUCUGUGCGAGAGGACUUUGUCAAGGCAGAAGUGUUUCCAGUGCUCUUGGACAAUCUGAAGCCGGUAAAGGAGUUUGAUGUUAAGCAAGAGACCACUCUUUUUGCACUUUCCUCCCUUUCGUUGGAAACGGAUCUGAAAUUAUCUACGGAGAAGCGCAAGGAAGCUCUGGCUACUCUUGAACAGAUUAUUUCUAAAAACAAACAGUCUCAAGAUUGUGAAGAUAUGGUUAGCUACGCAAGGAGUAUUGUAGACAACCUUAAUGGACGAUAACAUACCAAGUGUCUUAAAUAAAAGUUAAACUAUGGAGAAGUUGUUUUGGAUUUUAUAACAAAUUAAAUUUAUUUCCAUCUUUUCCGGUUAUGUGGGCAGUGUGUCAAAGUCAUCUCCAACAGAAACUAUGGGCACGUGCUCCAGAUUGACUUCUAUUGGGUUGUCACACAGUCGGUUUCGCUUUGCGCAUAUAUUCCAGUCCAUAACUUGAACGGCGUGCAGACUUUCGGCUUCGUUAUGAUGUCGCAACACCAUAGAUUCCUAAAAUAAGUUAUUUAAAUUAAUAUAUAAUUAAAGUAGAUUGAUUUCAAA